GGGUGUCUGUGACGUCAUAUACGUGAGACCAAACAGAAUGGCGUGAGCUCUCCACUCCCACCACCGUACGCGCAAUUUAAAAGUUUGGUAUUCACUGUUUUUUGCGCCAUUCAUCGCCAAGAUUUCACAAACCAUUUUCAUAGCAAAGGAUACCAACUUCGCCGGUAAAGACGGACAUCUGAUUUUACGUCAGGAUGCCCUACCAUUGUGUGGCGUAUGGCUGUGGCAAAACUGCCGACGAUGGCGUGGCUCUGUAUAAAUUCCCCAAGGACCAAGAGGAGUUCACCAAAUGGGAGAGACAGGUCCAACGUACCCGCACCAACUGGACCGCCUCCUCUACCUCCCACCUCUGCCAUGAGCACUUUGGCUGUGACUACUUCAUUCCUGGAACCCUUAGGCUCAGGCGAGGAGCAGUGCCCACCGUGUUUGAUCGCCCCUUCUGUCUAUCCUGCUUCGGGACAGGCUGCAGUAAAUGUCUGCCAUCCAUUCAGUGCCGUGCCUUUUCACCAAAAGAGCCUAUGCCUGUGAGUUCGGCAAAUGCAGUUACACAAUCAAAGACCACCAAAGAGAAAGUCAAGCAAGAAGGACGGUUAGUUGCAUGUGAAAUGUGUGAAACUGUUGAUGAUGCAAGCACCUUUUACUCGAAAAGCAAGCGCUUCUGCAGUGAAUCCUGCGCUCGGUCCUAUUCUUCAAACUCAAAGAAAUCGUCUGUCUUGGCUCAACUGCAGGGGCGACCUCCCUCUAAGAAAACAGUAGUACUGAAAAAGAAGAAACCACAUCCACCCGUACCCCCCACAGGUUUUGACUGGGGCUAUUAUUUGAAUAGAGAAACCUCUCUGGGUGUAUCAGUGUCCUGCUUCCAACAUGCUCCUAUGUGGGAGCACUGGGACGAUGUCACAGUGGGGACAAAAGUAGAGGUCCUUAAUACUAAUGCUGUUCUGCCCAGUAAAGUCUACUGGAUUGCCACUGUAAUUCAAAUUGCAGGAUACAGAGUCCUUUUGAGGUAUGAAGGCUUUGAGCAUGACAGCACAUAUGAUUUUUGGAGUAGCCUUGUAUCAGGAGAAUUGCAUCCAAUCGGGUGGUGCGCAAUGACCACUAAGCUACUGGUGCCUCCUCAAGAUGUCAAAACAACAAUCGUGGACUGGAAAGAGUAUUUAAUGCAGAAGCUGGUGGGAGCCAACACUAUACCUGUCGACUUUUACUUAAAGCUUUCUGAAAGCAUGAAGUGCCCAUUCAAAUAUGGCAUGCGUGUAGAAGUGGUGGAUCCUAAACACAUAAGCCGUACCCGUGUAGCCAUCGUAAACGCUACGUAUGGGGGGCGGCUCCAACUGGUGUAUGCCGACCAAAAAGACGCCCCUGAAAACACCAAGGCAGAGUUUUGGUGUCACAUGUCCAGCCCACUUCUUCACCCUAUUGGCUGGUCCAAAAUGGUGGGCCAUCCCAUCAAAACACCAGCUAAUGGUAUAGAGGCAAACCCUUUAAAGGGUACCUGCUGGGACAGUACAUUACACCUCUUUAAAAAGCUGAGAUAUGUCUAUAUGGAAGGGGCAUUCUUUGAACAGGGGAUGAAACUAGAGGCUAUUGAUCCACUCAAUUUGGGGAGCAUUUGUGUUGCCACGGUACAAAAGGUACUGCUGGAUGGCUACCUGAUGGUUGGUAUUGACGGCAGCAUCCUUGCAGAUGGGUCUGACUGGUUCUGUUAUCAUGCUUCAUCUCAUGCCAUCCUGCCCAUCGGCUUCUGUGAGAAGAAUGACAUAGAUCUCAAAGUGCCUGAUGGGUAUGAAUCUGGGACUUUCAGUUGGCCCGAUUAUCUAAAGGAGAAGAACGCCAAAGCUGCACCAGCACAUCUAUUCAACUAUGAGUACCCGGGCCACAGCUUCUCCCCCAACAUGAAGCUGGAGGCGGCCGACCUGAUGCAACCCAGCCUGGUGUGUGUGGCCACAGUGAGGCGCUGUGUGGGCAGGCUCCUGCUUAUUCACUUCGACGGCUGGGAUGACGAGUUCGACCAAUGGGUGGACUGCCAGUCUUCAGACAUCUACCCCAUUGGCUGGUGCGAGCUGGUGGGCCUACAGCUGCAGCCUCCUCCCGGCCUCGAUCUUGCAGAUCAGUCACGAAUCAAAAAGUGCAAGCCACACGUGUUCGGAGCAAAAAAGAAAAAACGUUUCGGAAAGAGACCAUCUUCACAAGUAAACUUUGAUGAUGAGGUGCACGACCCAGAAAUGGAAGAACCACAUGGAUUCUCGGACAUGGACUCUCCUCUGAAAGCUCCAUUCAUCAAGCCCAAAUUUGAGCCAGAGGAGAAGCAACAAAUUGGCACGGUGCAUGUCAAAGUAGAGGAGGUGGAGAUGGAGACCCCCAUAGACCCUACGCAGGUUUCUUUAAGUCAAAUCAAAAUCGAGGAAAACCCAGGGAUCAGCAUCACUACCGCCACUGUGUCUGGGGACAAUGUGGAGGUUUCUGAGGCAACGGUAGAAGAAUCUGUGAAGCACCGUGAAGAAGAUGAGGACCAAAUGGCUGGAGACAGCUAUGAAUCGUACGAUAGCAACAGCAAUGGAGAACACUCUAGUGACGAACACGCAAGCUCAAACCAGGAAGAUGAAGAUGAGGCACCUAAUAAGAGUCUAUGAGAAAUUGUGAAUAUAACCGGGACUGAAAAACUUUUCCAUAGCUGAUGUUUGCCUCAUUUAUUUCAGUACAACACUUUUUAUAAUUGUUUAUUAUUAUGUACAAAUGUAAAUAGACAUGUUUUCUUUGUAAAAAUAUAGCUUGUGAUCAAAUUUACUUGCUUACUGCUUUGGAAGUUGAAUGCCAUCUUUGCACAAAAACUUACACCCAGUCACGCUGUAAAUAGUUGUAUGAGGAACAGUGUGAUUGGUCUUACAGGUAUCCGCACUUCAAACUCCACCCCUGCAGCCAGGUGUUUGGAAACUGAUAUCCAAUCAAGCUAAAUUUUCAGUAUUGUCAUCAAAAUCAGAUACCAGUAUCGUAUUGGUGCAUGCCUAAAGAUAAAAUUGGAAAAAAUCCUUAAUGCCACCAAUGAAUACCAAAAAUACAUAUAUUUUUUCUAAACACAAUACAAAUAAAUAGACAAAAACUUG